GUUUACAGAAGUCGGAGUUUGCCAACAAGAGAUAUUCUUCCAGAGAGAGAUUAUUACCCACUCAGUCGGGAUCUAUCCCCAACUCGAAGAUAUCCAUUUGCACAUCAAGACCAUCGAUACAACAACAACAGCAGGCAUUUUGAUGGAAGACGAGAAGUGUACAGUAGUUUGGGGGAUUACAGGCAUGACUAUCCCCUGAAUCCACGUGGUGGAAGAAGAAAUGUGUACUCAAGUCUUGGGGAUUACGGGAACACGUAUACCGAAUCUCAGAACCGGUUUUAUCCUGGAUACAGGAACAGUGGAAACUAUCAAAGACACUCAGGAUUAGAUAUAAGGGACAGUGGCUUUUCUAGACCUACAAGUGCGAUGAGCAACUAUAGUUUUCCAGAACUCUAUCACUAUAACAGAUUGGCUCAGAAUCCAUACACUGAAUUUGAUAAUUCUCUCUUCAAUGAUCUUUACUCUGAUGAAUUCAUGGGUUAUUCAAGCGAAUCUCCAAUGCUACCAGAAUUUGGGGGAAAUAUGUUUGGAUAUAGACAGACACCUUUGAAGCCAUGUCUAAAACGAAAUUCUACUCCAAACCAGGACUAUUUCAGUUCCUCAUUUAAUAAUUACCAUCGAAAUGAAACACCAUCUGCAUUUCUUCCAUUCACAUCCCUCAGUUCGGAAAGUCAAAAUGGCUACUCCUCAAGACGCUCAGCUUCAACAAACAGAGCCACACCUACCAGGUUUAGGUCUGAGAUAUCCCGCUUUACAGAAUCACUUUAUGAUCUAGCAAAACCACAAGCAAUUCAUCCAGUGAUGACCUACCCUGAUCUUUUACAAGGAACUGUUAAGGAUCCAAAUGAAUACUUAAAUCCCAAGGUUGCCAUGAAGCCUGUUCAAAAUCUUGAUAGAAUUAAUCCCAUCACAGGACUUCCAUUUGUUGAGUUUGUGCCAGCAUUAGAACUCACAGUAGCACAAUCAAGUGGUAUAAUGCCAGACUGGACCCCUAGUCCUGAUACCACUGCCAGAAAAGUUGCAGCAUUACUUGACCCUCAAGAUACUUACUCUGAUCUUGUCAACUCCUUUCAGAGGCACCACAACAAUCAGCUAGUGAUUGGACAAUAUGGGUUGGGAAAUACACUCAACACUAACAAAGCAGUAUUCCCAAAGGUUGCGCACUCAGAAUAUAGAUCAUCCUAUCCAUCAUCCCACAGAAGAAGAUCAAGAAAUCCUCACGUAGCUGUGACUCCACAGCAUUAUCCAGAGAGACCAUGGUCUGAGCCUAUAAAUACAAUUCAAUCUCACUACAGCUCUUAUAGUCGUCCUUCUGUUACAUAUAUGUAUCCUGAACCUGUUAUGAACCAACUUAGUUCAACAAUAGACCCAUUGACUUUAAAUGCUUUGGGAGGAUAUCAGCAUCAAGAUCUUUUGUUUAAUUAUAAUCAACAAGCUUUACUCAAUAACCUCCAACAACAAAACUAUCAAGAUAUUUAUCAACAAAGCAGUUACAGUGGACAACAACAAAACUUGCAAGGCAUGCAACCCCAAAACAUUCAACCCGUCCAUCCACAAAGUUUUACAGGGGUUUCUUCCCAAAAUUAUCAAGGAAACCAACAGCAAACCUUUCAAAAUCCUCAAACACAAGGGUAUAUAGAUCUUCAGCAGCCACAACAUGGAACUCAACUCAUAAACCAACAUCUGGGAUUUCAAAAUCAAAACCUUCAGCAGUUUCUUAAUCCUCAGUUUCACACCAAUUCAAAUGUUACAGGGUUACAGCAGUCUAACCAGGUAAUGGGAGCUCAGUUUGUCAACCCUAACUUCACAAACAGUGUACCAGAUCUCAGCAACCAAUACCUUCAAGGAAGAAAUUUUAGCAACAGUAAUUUUCUUAAUUCCAAUGUUCCAUUUCAAACUAUUGAGGAUACAAUUAAUAGCUUUAAUGAUCUGCCCAAGAUGAGAAGUAGUAUUUCACUUCAAAACCUUCACCAAGUUGAGUUGGCAUCUUCUGAUGAAGAGCUUGCCUAUUAUGACAGGAACAGAUGCUCAAGUUUCAUCAAGAACCCGACAAAUUUGACUGAGAUGCACUACCUUCAGUCUGAACUGUCUAGGAAGUAUGAAGAUUCUAAAGAAAUUGAAACUCACAUUCUUGGACAUGUUCCCAGCAUCUUGGAAUCAGGAAGAAUGGCGAGCACACGAUCAGACAUCGACCACAACCUGAAGAGGAUUAGUUUGUCAUAUGAGAGAAGGUGUAAGCUAAGACAGGAUUUAAGAACUAAAUUGAACUUACCAAAUCUUGUUCCAUCUAUGACUUUUGAUAGAUUUCACAAUCUUGUUCCAGCAAAUGAGCCUCCUCGAUACACUGAAAAUUCUGAGAAAAAAGGGCCCAAUAUUAUCAAAUUGGACAAUAUGCAUAUUGAGGUAAGUAAUGAAAUCAUGGCAAUGAUUUAUUACAGAGCACUGAAGGGCAAGUUUGAGCAAAGUAAUGAAAGGGAAACACCCCUGAGGAAAAGUAAGUCGUUUCCAAGUGCAAAAGAAACUCCAAAGAUAAAAGAACAAAGAAAACAAGAUCAAUCAAAGCAACUUAAGGACUUGAGCCUAAUAACAACAAGUGAUUAUGAGGACUCGUUUUUAGACUCUGGAAGUGAAACUGACCUUUCAACACUUGAAAUAGGUAUGACACGGGAAAUGAGAAUUCGAAGUCUGAAACGUUAUAGUCCUAGACAUCAUAAUACUAUGCUACCUGUUCUUGAAACUGAAAAUGAAAAUACUCCAGAUGUUGAGAUUAAGCAUACUAAAGCAAAAAAGCGGACAGAUCAAAGUGAAAAUUCAAUUUUACAGUUUGAUGAUAUUAAUGAGCCUGUUCCUCCUCCAGCUCCUGAAAUAAGGAUCCAAAAAAUAGCAAACGUUCAUAAAAUUGAAACAACAAUUCCAGAUAUCCUAAAGAGUCAAAAGCUGGAAUCAAAGCUAAAUAAUUUUGUGGUUGGCUAUGAUAAAAUCAAACAGAGUGAGGAGUUAAAAAGGAAAAAGAUGGCAUUAAAUGAUGAAAUAGAAUUAGAGAAAAGAAUUGAUAAAAGAGCUGGUUUGGAGAAAGUAAUCAAAGAAAAAGCUCAUUUGGUUUUAAAAGAGGACCAGAAAUUAGAGCAGCAAAGGAAAACUGAAAUUACAAAAAGAAAAGUGAACCUUCCACGUCAAGAAACAACAGAAGUUUUAAAAGAUAAAAAUGAUGAAUUAAAGAGAAAUUUAAUUCAGUUGGAAAGUAAGCUUGAGAUUAUCAGAGACAAAAAGAUGGAUAAUAUUGAAGAUCAUUUUACAGAAAUAAAAAGAUCUGCUUCUUCUGAGAUCCACAAGAAGUUAUCAAGUGAUGCUAUUAAUGUUAGAGAAAUAUUAAAGUCAAGGAAAUGUGUCCAACAACUUGACCCCUCUACCUCUCCUAAGUUUGAGGAACAUGUAACUAAUCCUUACACUGAAUCCACCUUGCAGGACCAAAUAGAGGCUGCGAGACAUCAGCUAGAUAUUAUUAAGAUGGAAGAGUUAGAACACAAACUUAUUCAUGAAUCUCAUGAUCCUUGGAUAAAUACACCUGAAAAAGAAUUCAGAGAAAAAGAUUCCCAGAAAGACAAGUUUCUUAUAUUACCUCCCGCUAAACAAACCACAAUGCUGGACCCAAAACUAAAAAGAAAUAACAAUUUAAACAUCAGCGACACUGCCAGAAAACAUCUUGGCAUUAAGGAUAAAAACCCAGAUGUGAUUAAGAGUCAAAAUUCAGAUGAUGAGCCCCAAAGAACAAGAAUUAAUUCAAUCUUCCAGACAAUAAAAUCCUCUCCACUUUACGCAGCAGACGUAGAUCAAACUAAAACAAAGCUCUACGCAGCAGAUACAGACCCAAUUAAACCAAAGAAAAUGGAAACACUGAUGAAGAAUGGACCAGAGAAUUGUCUGGAGCAACCUGGAGAAAAACCAGAAGAUUUGCUGACUCAAGCAGAUCUUCUCCAGGAUGAGAAGACGAAGAUAGAAGAGGAUAAGCAGAAUAAGAUGAUAAAUGUUUUAGCAGAAACCAAACCAAAUAUUAAACCAAUCCGACCAAACACUCUGGACCUGACUGAUCUAGACGAAUCCUCAGUCAUUUUUCUGAAAGAUGAUUAGUAUUUAAAGGGACUGUAAACGUAAUUUCAAAUAACCCUCUCUUACAGAGUGCUUUUCCUACACAUUGACUAAAUUUAUACUACAGAUUCAAUGGAGAAAUUAUCAGAAUUAAACACUUUUCAAUCUACAUUUGUUGUGAUAUUAAUGUUGCAAGGGUAUGAGCAAGUCUCUUUUUUAUUGGAGGGUCUUUUAAAAUCAAAAUCACAGUCCCCGAACGUUUCUUAUACCAUAACAGUCAUAACCAGCAUGUAAAGUGGAAAUAAGGUUGUUUUGAAUUUUGAUAGUUUAGAUGUUUGUUUUUCAAAUAAGAAAUGAUAAUUAAGGAGCCUAUAUUCAAAUAAAGAUUAGAUUAUGUUUCCCGGUGCUCCACUCCAAGUUUUGAAAAUGCCGGGACUAGGUUUAUUUUGUGUUUGUGAAUUCCAGAAUUUUCAUUCAAAAUUAUGUUUACAUAAUUUUUUUACUUAGAUCAAAGACUACCUUUAAUUUGUCAUGCUACUUUCAUGUUUCGUGAGACA